AUGCUGGACUUAUUAAAAUAUGAGAAGAGGAAUAAGAAGAAGAAACUAGCAGAAAUGGAGAAGGAGUAUGAACAUCUUCUGAUCGAGAACAAUAAGGGACAACUUGUCAAGUCAAAAAACAAUAGCAGAGCAAGAAAACACGUUUCGCACUUAGAAAAUGAGAUCCACAAAGUUCUGAUCCAGUGGACGGAAGCAGAACUCGUCAAGAAGAAAUACAUCUCUAUAAGACAAGCCCUGUUAGAUGAUUCAGUCAAAUUUGAAAGCUCGCUUACACACAUUGAAGAUCUGUUGAAGAAACAGAAAGAAGAAAUUAUGAAAUUAGAGCGCAUUCGCGAGGAAGCAGGAGAGAUGCGUAUACGCGCAACAGCAGCUACAGCAGCUGAGGCAGCGCGGGCGCACGAUGCGGAACAUUCGAGAGCUGCAGAACGAGCUUACUUCGCGCAAAGAUUCGCUGAGAGAAAGCGAGAGUUGGAGAAGCUUGAGAAGAGAGUGUUUCCCCCACAAGCCCGACCAGUGGUACGACAAGAGUCGACGAGAUCUACGGAAGGCGAGACGGUUCCAGAAGAAAUAUCCGCAUCGCAGCAGAUGGAGAACAUCUUCCAGAGGCUGAUGAAGCUAACUGGAGUGACAGACGCUGAAGAAGUAUUCGAUAGGUUCCGUGCCCAGCGAGACACUUCACAGCGCCUCAGCUACCUCCAGCAAACUACGGAGGAAGAGAAACUGGAACUAGAACAGACACAAGCCACUAUGAUGGCGGAGCUCGAAGCCUUCAAGUUUGCGUCGGUCAAGGAUAAAGAUGAAGCCCAAGACCAAAUAACAGCAUUAAAAGAAGAGAUAGCAGAAGAAAAUGCAAUUUACGAGGAGCUGGAAAAGCAAAUGGACGAGCUGGAAACGCUGCUGCUGGAGAUAAAGAGGCUGUUGUACGAGCUGUGCAAGCUACUGGAUAUUAUCCCAGAGCCCAGCAUGCCAGAAUGGACAGCAGAAGCCAGAGACGUGCAAGAACUGGUGACAGUGCUGACCACCCGCUACGAGAAGGCCAGAGCCAAGGCUGAGGAUAUCAAGGAGAAACAGAAGGACACUACUAUCAUCAUGGUGCCUUCUACUCCCGCCAGUGCAGCGGCGUCAGUAGCAGGACUGAGUGGAAGUCAAAGCACGCCGAAGGAGUCUGAAAAGCACGUGCCUACAUACAAGGAACUCUUGCAAAAGGAACCAGUCAAGGCUCAAACUUCAGAAGAUGAAGAAGACAUCCCAUCAAGGUGCUACUUGAAGAGACAGGCGCAACUAAUUGUCGACACUAAAUGCAGGAGGAAAGGGUUUAGAGUCCCCUACCCUAGAAAAUGA